AUGGAUCGGAAACGUUUAACAAUCAAGUACGGAUCUCUUGUCCAUAUUUCAUGUGAUGAUGGAUUUAUUACGGCUUCUGGAAUAGUGGGGGAAACUUUAUUUUUGCGCAGCAAGACUGAAAUAGGUAUCGAUGGGGAUUCUUUGCCUUUGUUGGGAUUUGAAAAAAGUGUCUUUCAGCUUGCUGCCCCAACGAGUAGUUUAGCAGCAAAAGUGCAAAAAUCACCUGAAGGCGGCGGUGGUGGUAACAAGACUCUUCUUUUGGAUCAUUUCAGUAAAAUUAAUACUGCACCUGAAAUAGUUUUUGGUCAAACAUUUUUACUGGUACAUUCUAUUAGUGGAAUGCUUGUAGCGACGAUUCCAUCAGAACCAUCUGAAAAUGAUCCCGAUUGCGUGAGACUCACUCUUGUCAGACCAGAGGAGGUCUCACCAGCACGAUGUGAAUUUGUCUUUGUCUCUCGAUAUAAGAUUCAUAAUGAAGGAGAUCCUGUUUGUCGAGGAGAUGAGGUGCUUAUUCGACAAGGUACCCACCGUCUCUUUCUUAAUGUUACAAUACCAAUGGAGAAUAAAAAAGAAAUGCCAUUACAUGUAACUCCUAUGAAUCUUACGCACUCGGAUGUUGGCAUCAGUACUCUUUCUCUUAGUGAGAGUAGCAAUAUGGGUGAGAGGACAGUGACGACAGCACCGGAAGUAAAUGCUUCAGAAGAAAAAUGUGUGGUCCUUGUGGUGGAUCGACAUGAUAUUGGGAGGGAUCAAGCUAACUACCAGCGUGCGAUACAUCAUAUUCCUCGACCAUAUAUACCAGCAGGAGUACCGAUUGCAUUUUAUCAUCGUGAACGGGAGUCUUUAUUGGCAACAAGUCUUGCAAUGCCACCUCAACAGCAGCAACAAGGAUUGGGAAAGACUAUGAGUGAUGUUGUGGGGGAUAAUGAGGAAUGCGAUGAUGAUGAUAUUCCUGGUGGAAUUCUGACAACACGGCAAUAUCAUUCAGUUGCAGAAGGUGUUGUAACUUCGAGAGGUGCCACUGUAGCGGGAAAAGACAUUAGCGUAUCUCAAGGCAUUGGUAAUAGUAAUAAUAAUAAUAAUAAUAAUGACAAUAAUAAUGAUGCUGAUUAUGAAAAUUGUAAUGCUAAUAAUGAUACUGAAGGUAUUCCAUACCCGUUAUUAGUAGAGGACACCUUGUCAUUAAAUACGCCAAUGCGAGAGGAGGGUGAUCUAGAUAAUGUCUCGUGUAGUUGCGCAGCAUUAUGGAUCUUGGAAAAUGAGGAACCGAUGAUAGGAGGGGCUGUACGUCUUCAGUCCAUACAAUACCGUAUUCGACAGGCAUGUUCCAAUUUAUAUUUAGCCGUUACCGGAUCUGGUGUAGAUGCCUUCUUUGAUGAUAUUGAAGGGAAUAAUGUGAGAUCAUCUUCUGUAGAUGGGGAUGAGACUAAGAGUCAACAGGAUAGUGAUUACUCAGAUGAUACCAGAGAUAAAAAGGUACGUCCCACCACACUUUGUAUGAUACCCCCACCACGUUCUCAAAAAGAUCUCAAUCGCACACUUUUCACAGUGAGUCCCAUGUUUGCCUCUGAGUGUAACUUUCUUAUUGAGAAUGAGUGCCUGGUGCUGCAGAAUGUCCUUACAGGGAUGUAUGUAUGCACAGAGGAAACAAGCAGGCGAGUGUUGCUGCAGUGGAAGCCGCCCGCACACGAUACGAUUGUGGCACGGAGAGUUCACGCGGAUAUUUCAGAGAAUGUAAUUUUCUUGUGGACGCAAUGUGAACGACUCUGCAGCUACCGGGAUGCCUUUCAGGCGUUGAUAUCUAUAAAACAACAAGAAGGAAAAGGAAAAGGAAAAGAAAAAGGACAACAAAAACAAGAGAAACAACUUUUUAAAUCUGAGGAGGAAGAAGAAGAAGAGAAAGAGGAAGAAGAGGAGGAGGAAGAAGAAGAGGAGGGGAAGGGGGAAAAACUAUCAUAUGGAUCACUUUUCCCAAUUAUACGCACUUGUCAACGUACUUUAAAGGAAUUAAUUCGAUUCUGUUCAUUAUUGCCAGAUCGUGAUGUUCUUCGUCAAGGCGCAGUGCCAAUUUCCAAACAUCAACGUAUGAUGUUUGAUCUUCAUAUUCAACGACUUCUCUUUGACAUCAUUCUCACCCCAUAUUCAUUACUCUCUUCCACCACAACAGAGAACUUGACAGAGGGGCAGAUGGAGAGAAAAAGUAUUUGGGGAAAUGGACAAUGGGGAUGCAAACCACAGUUACCACAACAACCCCUUUCAGGUGGUGUUAUUCAUAUUGAAAAUGCCUUGGAUAAAGUACAUACAGAAGUGUAUUUAGUGUGUUGUUUGGCUUUUCAACUUUUGAAACAGAUGGUGUAUGAGGCUCCAAAGCUUAAAUCUGGGUAUGAUGAUUUUAUUCCAUACCUUCUGGAACUUGAUAAACAUGGUUUCCACGUGGUGGAGGUUAUUACGGAGAUAUUUCAAAAUAAUGCAAAUUUACCCAUAACUAUGGUAGAACGUGUAUCUGAUCACUUUGUUGAAGUUCUUGGCCGUGUGCGAAGUGCAGGGAUUCUACAUCUACUUAGUUCCAUGUGUGUUAUUGGUUUCCGUGGCAUUUCAGAACGGCAGGCGAUUAUUUGUCAGAAACUUCUUCUUGAGAAGAAUGAGGUGCUUUGUCGCUUUGUAUUAGACUACAAUGGUGAAUGGGCAGUUGCUACGAGUAGGGAUAAAACUCCUGUCUCGUAUCAAGAUUUCUUUAACCCAGAAAAAGAGAAAGGAAGACAUACACAAAAUAUAAGUGAGAGUUUGGUGGAAUUUGUAGAGAAUGAAGUUGAAUUACUGGGUCGAUUAUGCUUUGAUGGAUGUCCACCUAUUUGCUGUGAGGAAGUUGCAAAGAUAUUCCCAGAGCAAGUAUUACUAGAGGCUGUGCGAAAAUUUGUCUGGACAGGUGCGGAAGUGGUAGGAAGACCAAGUUCAAUGGAUGUACUUCGUGGACACAUCUUACGAUUGGCUAUUCAGUGUUAUAUUAUGCCAAAGAUUAAUGAUCCUGCAGUGGAGCUUCGUGUAGCAACAGUACUCUUCGGAUCCAGUUCUUUACGUAGAGAUGUAAGUGGUAAUACUCCACUCUCUUGUAAACCUGAUGAUGAUCUUAUCAAGGUAGUAAAAAUAGCUACUCUUGGUAUUAUUCGUGCGAAUCCACAUUUUGUAUAUUCUGAUGUAAACCGUAGUAUACUUCUACGUACUUCAUUGAAUAUAUGGUUACGUUUCGUAAAGUCUCAUCAAAUAUCUACAAAUGAAACAAGAACUCUUAUCCCACCACUACUUAGUCUCUUAGAUUCCAGCAAAGAUGUAAUAAACCUUAUGGGUAUCAAUAUGGACAACAGCGUUAUUGGCAGCGGCGGCAACAGUAGCAUCAGCAUAAAAAGAAGUGAUAAUAAUAAUAAUAGUAGUGAUAGUCUUUCUCUUAAACUUAAAUGUGCCCUUCUUCAAAUGUCAGAGGCAAACAUACAAGUAAUGAGAGCACGUGAUAUGAUUUGUAGAACACUUUUACAUCUCUUGGAUUGUGCCACACAUGGAACAGCGGAUGAAAUUAUUAUGUACUUGCACGAUAUCUUUGCUAAAGGCAACGAACCCACAGUUCAUCCUCUCUCUCAGAAUACAGUUUCCAUUAAGUCUCCUGAUGUGGAAUGCUCAAGUGAUAUUGGACCAAAUGCUGAGGAGGUUUCAUUGCUUCCAAAACGCCCGGGAUUUCUUAAUAUUUUUAAACGUCAUAGGAAGGGCUAUCAAUCUAUUGAUGAUGAAGUAGAAUUAACAGAUGUGGAAGGUAGACGCAGUAGUGGUGGUAGUAAUAAUAGUAGUAGAUCUAUUACUCCAUCAGAAGUUGUAGAUUAUCUUCGUUGUGCUUGUAAGGAUAUUUUAGAUCAAUUUCGUGUAGAGGAACUUGUACCACGACUUAUGGAUCUUGUUUGCUACGAUAAUCCGCAAUUAAAAGCACAAUCUACAGAAUUGCUUAUACGUCUCUGUAUGGUAAAACGCAAUGUGGCCCAUCGGGUAUUGCAGGUACACACCUUACCCUCUAUUGAAGUAACACGAAACUUUGAUAAUCUCUAUACAGUAGCCGUAGACGUCCUUAUACUACAGAGACGCGGUCGUGUAAGUGAUGCUGUCGCACUCGCUCUUGAUAGUGUAGAUGAGAAAUCCUUAUCGGCACCUGAAGAAAAAGAAGAAGAAGAAGCAGCAGAUUCAAGUACGGUUACUAUUCCUCCUGCUGCUGAUUCAAGUAAAGGAGAAGUAAAAGAAAUUGAGAUGGUAGAACACCCUAGUGAGAUUGACGAUACCAGUAAUGAUGAUAAUAAUAAUAACGAUGAUGAUGAUGAGAGUACUCCUCUUGAAGAAGGAGAAUUGACGACUGUUGUUACUGCCCCUACUACCACUACGACGACGACAUCAACAACUCACACUUUCUCUGGGAGUUUAAGAGGACGUUCUCUGUGGGCAAAGACGGCUGGGGCUGCACGGAUGUUAUCAUAUCGCCAUGCCGUACGGGUCCGACGCCGCUCAAUGGGACUUGGUGAGACUUCAAAUAUACCGCUGCGUCUCGUUAUUCGCAUGGAAAUGGUUUGUCACUGGAGGAUUCAUAUCACAAUGCUGCAGAUGCAUUCUUCUAUUGAUCCUAGUGAUUUGACGUUUUUUCAUUGGAUGCGUUUCUUUUACCUUUUUACUCUUUCACGAAGUAAUGCGAAAGCAUUACAGGGAAAUAUUGAUUUGUUUAUGGAUUCUCUUUCACUUAAUGAGGAAUGUACUGCAAUGUGUCUUCACAUUAUUGUAGCUAUCCUCGCUACGAUUGCAGACCCAACUCCUCAUAUCACUACCAAAUUCCUAAAGGAAUGUGUGAAAUUCCUUGAUCAUGAAGUUGCUUUACCUCAUCCAGAUAGUGAGUUUCCCUCCAAGUUAAGUGCUGGUAUCUUUGAAAAGUCAACAGUGAGUGUUGUGGUCCGACGACGUAUGCUGCAACUCUUACGUGAACAUCAUAUUAUGCGUUGUUUACCCCAACCGGAUGCGAAAGUGGCACCCGUGGCAAGUGCAUUUAUCGCUUCCAUGUUGGAGCUUCUCUGCCAGAUCUGUGGAUCGGAGAUGAGUGCCGUUUCGAUGGGACAACAACUAUUACCAUUGAAGAAUAUACUCUGUAUUAUUAUGGAGUACGGCACACGGUUUAACCCAUUACGUCGAAGAUCACAUGGACAACAAACAACUGUGGAGAAAAAUGCAUUUUUACUUGUUGGUACCUAUCUACGUGCCCUUCUAUUACUGUAUAUCACCUCAGAUGAGGAUGAGAGUGAAGGGGGAAAAUUACAUCGUCAAAUGGAAUGGAUGGGAAACAACGAUUGGUGGGCUGUAGUUCAAUUAUUAGGAGAUCAAAUGCGAGGUCUCACGGUUCUCAUUAACGCAGGUGUGGGAAAGGUGGUAAAUCGAGGUUUACAUAUCGUCCAGCGUUAUCGAAAAGUUUGGUUAAUGACAGUACCUGUUGCACUCCUUUCAUUCUUCGCAGAGUGUUUUACAGUGGUAGGGUAUUACAAAUAUAUAGAUAAAGUGGAAACGAUUUUUUGUGAAUUAUGUGAAAGUGCCCUGCAAUUCUGUACAAAACUUCUUGAACAUUCUAAUGCACUUGAACUACAAGUUCGAGAAGUUGUAAAUUAUCGCCGUUGUCUUGCAUUAUUAAUGAUGCAUGCGAGUCAUAUAAAUGGUUUACAAUCACUUGCAAAUAGAUUGGAGGCUAUAAGAAACCAUAUGCGUUUAUGGUUACUAGACUCUCGCCAAAAAGCCAACGAGAUGGAGCAGAUUAAAGGUAAACAUAGACGAGAAGAAUCUGCACCAGUAGAUGCCAAUGAUGAUGGCAUUAGUGGUCAUGAAGUGUUUUUUCCAGGUGAAAGUGCUUCUCAAAGUUUACAGAAUAGUUCUGUUUCUACGUCUGCUGGAUUAUUUCUUUCUAGUGCUGCUAUAAAAUGUCGUGAUAUUGAAUUAAUACGGGGUGCACUACGUCCAUUUAUUAGACGUGAUGUACUCAUUCCUGUAGAGGAUAGUAUCAAUCCAUCUGAAACAGCAAGUGUUAUUAAUGCCUUACUUCAACGUAGUCCAGUAUUAUCUAGUGUUCAAGAUUUUAUCUCUAAUAUAUUAGAUGGGUUACGAAAACGUUUAUUUACUCCAAUUGCAUUCGUUGGAUUAUUGAAUUGUCUUCACAACGCCCUCUAUCUGGCUCUCCAGGAAGGAAAGAAUAAUCAACAAAAACAGCAAGAUCAAGGACAAGAAAAAGAAAAAGAAGGAAAGAUUGGAGGCGAAGAGGAAGAAGAUACUGGAUAUGUAUUACAGUUAACAUUUAGUGAUUUAGGGGUAACAUACAUUGUCGCUUCUCUCUGCGCAUUGGAGGAUGUGGUAGUAACAUACAGUGCCAUGCGGCUUGGUGUAGUACUGCUGGAUGGGGGAAAUAAACGAGCACAAAAUGCCUUGAUGAGAUACUUUGAAACCCAUCAGGAGGGAUUCUUUCAAAAUGUUCGGGAUGUGUUGCAAAAAGGAUUACAGUGGGUCUGGCGAGUUAACACAGAACAUGAACUUGUUAUUUUAGAACGGGGUGGAAUUGUUGUAAAUGUUUCUAAUAUGCGACUAUUUGCGUUAAUGCUACUUACCAAUGCUGGAGCUAGUACUUCACGAAAUAGUAGUAGUGGUAUUAGUAGUAGUAAACGACGACGACGUUUAUCUGGAUGGGAUCGUAUGUAUGGUAGUUUACAUUUACGUCUAAUUUGCACACUCUUCCGUAUGCUACAACUCUUUUGUGAGGGACAUAAUUUUAGUAUGCAAAACUAUAUCCGUUGUCAGCAUGAUAAUAUGCAUAGUGUUAACAUUGUCCAUGAUGUGAUGGUUUUCCUUGCAGAACUCUCUAGAAUUAUUCAUCCUGCUACCUUUGAUACCGUACGUGGUGGUUUUGAGUUAUUGACGGAACUUUGUCAAGGCCCUUGUCAUGCCAAUCAAUUAGCUCUAUUAAACUAUGAUGUUUGUUCUACUAUUUAUCAUGUCGUUGAUAUGCUUUAUAAAUUUGAGAUGGGGGAUUCCAUGACGACGAAUACGCUUUCUAAAGACAAGAGUAAAAUAAAAAAGAAUGAGAAUGACAGCAGUGAUGAUGAGAAUAAUGAUGAUAAUAAUAAUAAUACUAAUGAUGGUUAUCCCAUCGCGGUACAGCAAAACCGUACCACUCUCACUAUGAAGGAUAUUGGUUGUCUUCGUAUUUCUCUCACUACAUGUCUUCUCUCACUUAUUGAGGGAUCUCACGAAACGGCGUUGGUACGUCGUGUGCUUGUACAGAUUCCUAUUGAUAUUAUUGAGCGUGAAAUUGGUUCUAUACAACCCAAUGUAUUUGAUCGAAUUUUAAAUGAUGAGGAACUAGAAGAUGAUCCAGGUGUAGAAGCCUUCUUUAAAUGGCUUAUCUUUCUUCAAAUAGUACGACCCUUUGCAGAUGGAGUUUAUUUACAACACAUUGAUGAAAUACUGCGUCGAACUAAAAAAUUGCAUAGCCGUAUUGGUGUAAUUGAAAUUCGGCGUGCAGAUGGUGUACUUGAAAAGGUAUUCUUUCGAAUUCCUCUCAUUUGCUGCGGUCUUACAGGGAGUAUAAAAAAUAAUGUACUUUGGGAAAUCAAUCGUACAAGUCGGGCAACGAAACUUGGAGACUUUUUACAUCGUAGUGAUAAUAUUAUCUUUAAAGUAGAACGAGCUCAUGCAUUUCAUCGCUGGGUUGUACAUUGGACACAAUUUAAACUGGAAACUGAUACAGGAAACGGUAAAACCUGGAGUCAAUUACUAAUAGGUACAUUAAAGGGUUGGUGGAAUGCGUAUAUUGCACCUAUACUCUUUUCUAGUCAAUUAAGUUUUUACGAGUAUGCCUCCUUAAUGGUGGCGGUGUUAGCGAAUAUGAGUCUUAUCUUUAUUGAGGGUGCCCAAUGGAGUAGUGAGGUAUUACAAAUGUGGAGAAUUGCCAUUUCUUGUUUCUGUGUACUUCAACUUAUAUUAUCUUGUAUGGCUUUGGCAGUGGAUACGGUGGUGUUCUUUCCUGUUUGUCUCUAUACAGAGUAUAGGUAUAAACAACAUAUGUCCUCUGGACGUGCUAAACUGAAUGUAACGAUGCAAGAAGUUUUUGAUGGAUUAUCAAAAAUGGAAAUUGUUUCUCUUUUUUGUACUCGAUUUGAAAUUCAAUUUCGUGUUUUUCUUGUUUUUAUGGCGAUAUUAAGUUUAUCCGUAUCUCAUUUCUUUGCCGCCGCCCAUUUAUUGCUCGUUAUUUACAAGACACCUACUCUUCGUACUUUUAUUGCAGCCAUUACACAGAACGGAAAACAACUACUUUUAACAGCACUCCUUGGCGUUGUUGUGCUUUAUCUUUUCGCUAUUGUCGGUUAUCUUCUCUUUCCAAGUGAAUUUGGUGGUGAUGAUGAUGAUAACAAUAACAAUAACAAUAAUAAUAAAAAUAAACAGGAUAAUGAAAACUGUAAUAAUCUUUUCCGUUGUUUUAUGUUCAUUUUAUGGCAAGGACUCCGACAAGGUGGUGGAGUUGGAGAUGUAAUGCAGGAAGAACCGUGGUCCAGUAGUACACUUAUUCCACGUGUAAGUUAUGAUUUGAUUUUCUUUGCCCUUGUGAAUGUAGUGUUCCUUAACAUUAUGUUUGGUCUUAUUAUUGACACCUUUGGUGAACUUCGCGAUGAUAAGCGUGAGAAACAUAUGGAUAUGGUGAGUAUAUGCUUUAUAUGUGGUUUAGAGGCGGAUGUGUUUGAACGGGUUCGUAUUGGUGGAUUUCACACUCACAUCAUGGAGGAACAUAAUAUGUGGAUGUAUCUCUACUUUAUGCACUACCUACGACGAAAGGAUCCAAAUGAUUUCACUGGUCAGGAAUCUUAUGUACAUGAGAAGAUACAAGAGAAUGAUCUCGGCUUCUUUCCAGAGGAGGAGUGUCUCUCUCUAGAGGAGGAAACUCCAGAGAAGGAGAAGGAUGAAGACGAGCAUCAAGACAGUAUAGAAGAAUCAAAAUUAACCACCACAGGAGGAGCAAAAGCAAAAGCCACAACUACUACGACUACAGGAGGAGGAGCAGCAGCAGCAGCAGCAGGAGGAGGAGGAGGAGGAGGACCAGGAGGAGUAAGUGGAAUGGCCGACAGUCAGGCAGUGGCAUUGACAUUAAAGGAACUUGCAAGUGUGAAGGAGGCACUAAGUGUGUUUGUGCGGGAUAUCAGCACGGAUGCCCAGAAGGUGAAAUCCAUGAUCCACCAACUAGAGAUCACCAGUCGAAGUGUUCAUGGGACUUCCGUUGCUGGAAGUGCCGCCCAUAAGGCAAGCUCGGCCUCUGGGACUCAUGUGAGCAGGGGAAGUAUAUCCCGCAAGCAACUCCAUUCGAGCGAUUCGAAUGUAAAAUAA